UCUGUUAUAAACGAAAGCAAUCAGUUUCAGCAACUACGUACUGCACAUAAACCCUCAAGAUCAGUAAUACAAGAACGAACACUAAUGAAAACCAUUUAAUGAAAUUAAUGCUAGAGAACACUAAGAUGUUGUUAGUAGAGACCAAAAGAAAACACGCCUAUUCAAGAACAAAUUCAACGCCUAAUUGUAAGUAAAGAUGUUGAAGUUGUAUGAUGAUUUUCAAGAACAAAUCAAAGCCAAAUCACAAGUAAAGUGUGAUGAUACGGUCAAUAGAACAAGCUGAUCAAUCAAGUAAAACCCCAUCAUCUUUAUUUAUUUAUUUGCUAAUAUCAUAAAAUAUAGCAAAUGAGGAGAAUAUGCUUGAAGAGGAAGAGAGUUCCAAGGCCUUUUGUCUUCAUCUAACUGUUUAACUGCAUCCUAGAUUCAAAAUUCAUAUGCGUAACAGUGCUUUUCUCUACUUAUAAAUAUGAGCCUCGCUUCACCAUUUCCUCUUCAUUCCAUAUCUUAACACAUUCUUCCUAGAAACAAAUACUUAUUCAAUAUUAAAGAUGAAUAGACUAACCUUGAAAUAUCUUUCCCUCAACUUUCUCCUCUUAGUCUCCUUACUCUCUUCGAGAUUUGGAACUUGUGACGCUAGGCAGAGUGUAUACUGGAAAGGAAACCGCAGGUCUAUCGCCGAAGGGGAAAGUUCCGCAACAAUCAAUGUGCUUGACCAUGGCGCAAAAGGUGAUGGGACAAGUGAUGACACAAAGGCUUUCGAAGAUGCUUGGGAGGAAGCUUGUAAGGUGGCAGCGUCAACAUUAUUAAUUCCAUCUGAUUCUACGUUCCUUGUUGGACCUGUUUCCUUCCUGGGAAAAGGAUGUAAAGAGAACAUCGUGUUUCAGCUAGAUGGAAAGAUCAUAGCUCCAACGAGUUCAAGUGCAUGGGGUUCAGGUCUCUUGCAAUGGAUAGAAUUCAAAUCACUUACAGGAAUCACUAUAAAAGGAAAAGGAAUUAUUGAUGGACGAGGCUCAGUAUGGUGGAACAAGUCACCUGACUAUGAUCCAGCUGAUGAGUCAGAGUCAACAACUACGAACGACAUGGUGAAAGAACAACUGGGUACAAAAAUGCCAAAGACUAAACCAACAGCUUUGAGGUUCUACGGGAGUAAUGGUGUAACAGUCAAUGGAAUAACCAUACAAAACAGCCCUCAAACCCACCUCAAGUUUGAUAAUUGCAUGAGCAUUCAAGUGUCUGAUUUUACAACUUCAUCCCCCGGAGAUUCCCCCAACACAGAUGGAAUCCACCUGCAAAACUCUCAAGAUGCCGUUAUUUACCGCAGCACGCUGGCUUGUGGAGAUGAUUGUAUAUCAAUUCAAACUGGAUGCUCUAAUAUCUACAUACAUGAUGUUGACUGUGGGCCUGGCCAUGGAAUUAGCAUCGGAGGACUGGGAAAGGACAAUACAAAAGCGUGUGUUUCAAACAUUACUGUCCGUGAUGUCACGAUGCAUGAAACUACGAAUGGAGUUCGAAUAAAAUCCUGGCAGGGAGGGUCAGGGUCUGUAAAACAAGUUAUGUUUUCAAAUAUUCAAGUCAGCAACGUAGCCAAUCCGAUAAUAAUAGAUCAAUACUAUUGCGAUGGUGGAGGAUGCCACAACGAAACUUCCGCAGUGGCUGUAUCAAACAUAAACUACAUAAACAUAAAGGGUACCUACACAAAGCAACCUAUACGCUUCGCCUGCAGUGAUAGCUUGCCAUGCACAGGAAUCUCACUUUCGACCAUAGAGCUUAAGCCAGCCACAGAAAAAGCAAGCUCAUUUGAUCCUUUCUGCUGGGAAGCACACGGUGAACUGAAAACACAAACUAUACCACCAAUACAAUGUUUGAAAACAGAAAAGUCACCAGAAGCUGCAAGUCAGUCUAAUAAUGAUGCUUGCUAAUACUAGAGCAAGAAAUUAUGUAAAAAUGUUAAGAUAGGCUAAAACAUCAUAGAAUUAUACGAAUAAAGAAGGUUGAUUCCCCUUGCUUUGUCUUAUACUAGUUUGUAUAAAUCAUUUGCAAAUGAAAUGUAACAUAUUGCAUGUCAAUGUAUUGCAUUCUGUUAUAGACUACUGGUAUUGAAUUGGUCAUAAGUCAAAACAAGAGGUCCCAACCCAUAGCUUAGGAAAGAUUUUAUCUGUGAAUCAACAAUCUAACAGUUAUGACUUCAUGGACCAGUUAUGAUAGAACAUAUUACAAGCAAUAUAAUUCUUUAUAGUCCAUAGAUCUGAGGGAUGCAAAGUAAAUGUACCAAAUGAGAGGUAAACAAUGUAUCAAAAGUCUAAUUACCAAUAAUUCCAACACAAGUAAACAACUAAUGCAUUUUACUUAUAAAGGUAAACCACGACAUGGUUCUAAACGCAGUUUCAAAGCUCAAGCUAAUAGGCCAACAU